GUAGCAUUCGGUAGGGACGCGAAUGCGCGCUACGAUGAAUCAUUGUGCGCAGUAGACAGCUAAUACUGCGAGGCGAACUGACAACGAUGGCUAAUGGACUGUGGGUGCGCAAGAGGGCAGCAAACGACAACGUUGUAUGUUUUCCGAAAUCCAUUCUAUUCUUUGUGGUGAUUCGAACAGCAGUACUUCAUAGUGCGCCGUUCAGAUUUGCAGCAUCGGACGAUACGCGUCAAUGUUGAAUAUCCUCAUCUGUGAUCUACCAUCAUCGGUUGUUUUGCAGUCACAUGAAGGACCGCUUCUCACCGCACCAGUUCGAUUCAUCAUGCCCUCUCUGCCCUCAUGGGCCGAUGAUAUCUAUCGACGGACGCAAACUGCGUUACGUUUGUUCAGCUUUUCGAAGGAAAGGUGAUUGUGCUCGGGAUGCUCUGGAGGCGGCAUCAAACGAUGGGGGGCGAUGGCUGGUAGACAAACUGCUCUCUGUGGACCCCGCGCGUCGAGGUUACUGCUCAGACUGCGAUUGUCUCUUCAUCCUCUCCGAUUCUGCAAUCACUCACGCGGAACACACAUGCCAGCUUCACAUUACUGACCAAUUACUACGUAUGCCCUCAUAUCUACUCAGACCACUUACGGAUGCUAAAGCAAAUGCUCAGUAUUUAUUCUCUUUAGACUCAUUGAAUCACAUAUACUCCAUACUACAGCAAUUGGGUGUCCAGCUGCUUGUUUGUGUGGGCACUCCACGCUUGCACGAAUUUAUUCAACUUCAGCGUUCCUAUAAAAGUCAGCCCAUGGAUUCCUAUCUGUUGGAUAUGGAUGUCAGGCUGAGAUACUUCGGAGAUUCCCAGCGGUUUUCAAGGUUCAACAUGAUAAAUGGCUUUUUCUUCACUGAACCUGAUGAGUUCCAAUUUAAACGUUUCUGCCUGGAGCAGCAUGCUCAGUCAACGAGUCUUAUCUUUUGUGAUCCUCCAUUUGCGGCUCCCUUAACUCUCCUACUGAAUCACUUGAUGACGAAGCUGGGAUCUUCGUUACCACGCAGCCGUUUGUUCACGAAUCUAAAGAUUUCUGCUGAGGAUGCGCCAAUGCCUUUCCCCACGAUGCUCGUGUUACCUUACUUCUUUGAUCGCAAACUCCAAAAGAUCGAUCCGCGAUUUUCCCUCCUUGACUAUAAGGUGACGUAUGCAAACCACGCUCGAUUUGACUGUGGUGAUGUGGGACUCCCGAAUGGAGGCCGGAGACGCAAUUCCGUUGUUCGAUUGUUCACCAACUUGAACCCGUCAGCUGUUGCUCCUCCUGUUUCUUUGUCGGACAAGUACAGAUUCUGCGAGCAAUGUUCACGAUAUUCUUUUGUGACAAACCAUCACUGCUCGUUGUGCAAUCGUUGUCCCACCAGACAUGGGGACACGUACUCUCAUUGCCACCGUUGUGGCCGGUGCCGCCCUCCGAAUCGCGUUCACUGUCUCCAUUGUGACCGAUGCGUGUUGCUUGGCUCAUGCGCUCACAAAAGGAAAUCAUCUCGUGUGCUUUCUUCCCAUACUCCCUCCAAAUAAAUCUGUUGGCCAGUC